AUGUGGCCUUUCAAUGAUCCAUUUUGGGCGAUUUACUGGCCAGGAGGGCAAGCUAUUUCUAGAUACCUAAUGGAUAAUCCAGAUGUGUGUAGAGGCAGAUCAGUGCUGGAUCUGGGAAGUGGAUGUGGAGCUUCAGCGAUUAUGGCCAAAAGGUGUGGAGCUGAGCACGUGACUGCCAAUGAUAUUGAUACAGUUGCAGGAGUUGUGACCAUCAUGAAUUCAGAGCUGAACAAGUUGGAGCCUCCCGUCUGUUCGGCUGACAACAUGAUAAGUUCAGAGCCCAAGCCCUUUGACCUGAUCCUUCUGGGCGAUAUGUUUUACGACGAGACUCUGGCCACUACGCUUCACGGCUGGUUGGAUCGCUGCAUUCAAACUCAUAAUACUACGGUGCUCAUUGGAGACCCAGGGAGGGCGGCGUUUGAGGGGCACAACUUUCACCGGGACCUGCAUCACCUGGCCCAAUAUGAACUGCCACAAUCGGUGAGAGAGGAGAACUACGGUCUCGUCCACAGCAGUGUUUGGAGCUACAGACCCAGACUUCAAGGAAAACAAUGA